AUCAUUAUAACAGACAGAGGUUUAAACCGAAGGAAUAAUUAACUCAGAUACAAUAUAUUUGUCCAUUAUUGAAUAUACAAAGACAAGUGUAUAUUAAAGCAGCAAUGGACCGCAGAUAUAUUACAGUCUGUGUAUUUUUUGUUCUUUUUGGUACCUCUGUUCAAGGCGAUGAUGAGUCAACAGAAAAAGAUGGAUGGACCUCAGAUGAUGUUUUGUGUGCAACAAAAAAAUAUGGAGGUGGUGCAUUAUUGGGGGUAGUUACAGUAACGGCAACACCCUAUCUUCUUGGUGUGGCUGGAUUUACCGGAGCUGGUAUAGCAGCUGGAUCAGCGGCAGCUAAGUUGAUGUCAAUGUUUGCCGUUUACAAUGGUGGAGGCGUAAUAGCCGGAGGAGUUGUUGCCACAUGUCAGUCUGUUGGAGCUGCUGGAUUAAGCUUUGCUGGAAAGACUGCAAUGGUUACUAUGGUUGGCGGAACGUUCAGCUAUUUAACUGGAGGAUGCGCAGAAUAUGACAUUGACUGUAUUAAGAAACCAAAAUGAUGUUCAAUGUUUUAAAAUUAUUGUUUUUAUUAGAACACUACUUUUAGAAUGCUUAAUCAUAUUUUUAAAGUGUGAAAUUCUUAACCUCAGAAAAUGUAAUUAAAAUAUUUAGAUUAUA